AGUGGUUACCACGGAGACAAGGCAACAAUGUCCCCAUAGGUCACGCUAGCUUUAGCCGUCUCACUGAUAAAGGAAUGGCGCCAUGACGAGCGUUGUUUUGACGCCAUAACAUGUCAGCUCGCCAGUAGAAGAAUUAGUCGCUUCGUGUGUCAUUUGGGUCGAACGGGAGGCUCGGAACCAACGGACGAAAGUCGUGACGAUGACGGGACUGCCGAGGGAUGUCAUAAAAUGGCUGCAGAACUUAGAACUGUCCGCCCAGCCGAUGAACAUACGCAGAGAUUUGUCCAGUGGCUACCAUGUGGCUGAGAUCUUUUCCCGUUAUUACCCCAAAGAAUUUGAAAUGCUCUCCUACAGCAAAGGGCUUUCGCUUUCUGCUAAGCUGGACAACUGGAACAAAAUACGACGGUCCUUACAGAAGCUGCGUCUGCACUUGAUGGAGAAGAUCGUCUACGGAACCCUUCACUGUAAGGCGGGAGCAGCCGAAUUGUUGGUGCAGCAGGUUUACACCAUCCUGACCAAGCACAGGAUUAGAGCAGUUCAAAGCCUAGAGAUGGACUUCACCGACCAGGAGUAUCAGAAGCUUCUCCCCACGGUGGCCCGCCCCACAGCCAACACGGCCCUGAACAGCAACCUGAGGCUCACGGAAAUACUGGCCUUCCCCGACACACGCACCACGCAGAAGAAGGCGGAGGCCAUCAUCUGCAAACACCUGCAGGAGAAGGCGGCAAAGACGCUGCCCGAGCGCGGGCACUCAAUCCUCGUCAAGCCCAGACUCACACAGAUGACAUCGAGUGGAGAUGAAAAGCGCUCGUCUGGAGAUAACACACCAAAGAUGUGCUCCCAGUCAACGCUGGGUGUCGCUGUUGCCUCCUACAAGACAAUCACAGUGAACCAGCCCCCCAGACGAUCUGUGCACAGCUGUUAAAACAUUGAUCAUUUUAUUGAUCAUAUUAAUUUCACCCUCUCUAGUAAGCAAUGCACCACAAACAUAAUGUAAUAUUUAUUAUAUGUUGGCAUGACGUCACAGUUUGGCUUGUGCCUCCAUGGUCAAGCAUCAUGUUUGGUACCACGAGGUGGCAGCAUGGAUCAGUACUGUUAGCUUUCAGCGCUCCAACAUGAAUAAAUCACUGCA